AUGUCGUCAACGAUAGACCUGGGCGACUCAUUUCCUUCCCUCACAACUCAUGCUGUGAGCAUGUUUCUCCCAACAUGGACGGCUGACACUGAUUAUGAGGAAGGUGCUAAAACCGCCAAUAUAAAGGCGAUGUUGUUCCCAUCCCGCGAAGCUGCUGAAAGAUGCCGUGACUUCAUUAUCACUAUCAAGGCAGAAGCGGCGAAGGAGGUACUGGUUGGAAAUGAUCUGCUCCCAAUCGCUAAACAGUAUUGGCAACAUUCUGGAGAUGGGAUCUCAGUUCGACAGGCAGAUCGUCACCACAAGGCCGUACCCGAGAACCGAGAAAGCACGCAGUCCCUGGAAGAGCGGUUUGGACGAAACUUAGAUCUCUCAUUUACGAAAGUGGAUCUUUCAUCUACAGCUGCAGUCAAACAAUCGAGCUCACAAGCCAAUUCACAGGGAGUGACCGGAGUGUCCGACGACGACGUUUACCUAUACCCGUGCGGCAUGAGUAUCAUUUUCAAUACGCAACGGAUGCUGUUCGCGGUCCGAGGCCAACGGAAGAGUAUCUCGUUUGGUUUCCCAUAUGUCGACACCUUGGAAAUCUGGCAUGGCUCCUCGGACAGGCUGGAUGGGCUGGACGGCCUAGAAGCCCGCCUGCAGGCUGGCGAACGGUACCUGGCCUUCUUGUGCGAAAUCCCCGGAAAUCCAAUGUUGAAGAGCCCCGGUCUCCGGCGCGUCAGCGAAUUGACCGACAUGUACGACUUUGCCGUGGUGGUAGACGAGACAAAUGGCAACUCGGUCCAUGUCCAGCUCCUGCCCCCUGCCGACGUGGUGGUCAACAGUCUCACGAAGAUAUUCACAGGCGACUGUAACGUGAUGGGUGGUAGCGUUAUCCUGGACCCCGAAAGCCGGUAUUAUCUCCCACUGAAGGGGCCCCAUCCGCUAGUCAAGGACGUCGGUUACCCCAAGUAUAGUCCGACGAAACGUUUCUAUGAUAAGUGUCGAACCCCCACGGGCGGGUAUGGAGAUUUGCUGUCUUUCACGUUUCACCCGAAGAAACAUACGGUGGCAUUCUUAGAUCGCAUCGAGACGGCCAAAGGGCCGAGUCUCGGCACGAAGUUCACCUUGACUUUCGGGGUCGAGAUUGUGGAGGAUCUCAAGGCUCGGUUUGCGGUUGCGCUGGAAGCGGCCGAAGCGAUCGUGUCGGGCUCUGUGUGA